AGCACGCAAACACUUUCUACGUAUCAUCUCAAGAGAGAAAAAGAAUCAAGCACACAUAGGCAUAGGGCAUCCACACAUUCGAGAAAGAAACAGCAAGAUCUCAUCAAACAAUUGAAGCUGUAGCAAUGGCGGCAGUGUCCAAGAAGGCUCUGGUAACUAUGGCUGUUCUGGCGUUGGCCGUUCUGGCCCCGCCUGUCGCCGGGCUGGUGCCGUACGGCGUCAGCAGCGGGCUGUGGGACCUGCUCGACGACCCGUUCCGGGUGCUGGAGCAGACACCGCUCGCGGUGCAGAGGCCGGCGUCCGCAGGCGGCCCGGGAGCGUCCAUCCCUUCGGCGGUGGCGCUGGCGAGGUGCGACUGGAAGGAGACACCCGACGCGCACGUCAUCUCGCUCGACGUGCCCGGGGUGAGGCGGGAUGAUGUGAAGGUGGAGGUAGAGGAGAACCGGGUGCUGCGGGUCUCCGGCGAGCGCAAGGCGGACGAGGAGAAGGAGGGCGAGCGGUGGCACCGCGCCGAGCGCGCGGCGGGGAGGUUCUGGCGACGGUUCCGCAUGCCCGCCGGCGCCGACGUCGACCGCGUUACCGCGCGCCUCGAGGACGGCGUGCUCACCGUCACAGUGCCCAAGAUUGCGGAGCACCAAAGGCGAGAGCCGCGCGUCAUCAACAUCGCCGGGGAGGACGCCAACAGCGGCGGCAAGGGCGCGGACGCGGAGGUCAGGCCGUCGAAGGCCGAGAUGUAAGCUUUCGUGUAGAAGACCACGACGAGAGCGAUGCGUCACGUUCGGAUGUGUUUUGUCGGUUCAUGCUUACCUUUGCGUGUGUGGUACUGGAGUAAGUGUGAUGUUGUUGCUCUCAGGUAACCUAAUUUACCGAUAGAGAGCUGUUGUGUCUUGUUCAGUUGGAUCUUUUGCAACCUGAUCAGUCACAUUUGCGAAA